GAGACACGUCCAGACAGAGAGAGAGAGAGAGAGAGAGACACACACACACACACACACACACAGACAGACAGACACACACACAGACAGACAGACAGAGAGACAGACAGACACACACACACAGACAGACAGACAGAAAUAGAGGCCAGGGCUGACCUGAAUGACUGAGAGGAAAUAGCGAGUGGGAUUAGCGAGGACGAGAGGACGGCGCUGACGUGUCAUGCUGCUGUGUUUACGGAAACAGAGAGAGAAGGCGUUGCUUCACAGAUCUUAUAAAACACAGGAAGGGAGAGAGAGAGAGAGAGAGAGAGAGAGAGGAGAGAGAGAGAGAGAGAGCAGUUGUGUUUACACUCGGUGACGUGUUUGGGUCGAAGCCGAAUCUGGAACUUCGGUGCACCUUUUAGGUCAAAUUUAGUUUUUAAGGCAUUGAUCGCACACUGUUCAACGGAACCCCCCAAAAACGGGUGGAGGACAUGGCAACGAUAUCACACCACGACACACGAAGGCAUUUCUACAGCGCAAAUUGUUCAGUGCUACUUUAUUUGAUGCAUAUGAUUUUUUUUUUUUCUUCUUCAACUUUAUAAAUGAUUUUUCAUUACGAUUUCUUUUCAUACAUGAUGCAAAAACAAGGAUAUUGAAAGAAAAGGAUAUAUAUUCAAAAUCAUUAGUUGCAGUAUUUAAUAUAGAUUUUUAUCCAUUAACUUAGUUUUAAAGUUCUCAUACGAUAGAUUUACACGCAUGCGAGAUCAAAGAACGCUUUAACGUGCUCGCAAUUUAAACUGCAGCGAUACCGUUUUCCUCAGUGUCACAAACGACUCGUUGAAUGAUUCCUUCUAAAUGAUUCCUUCUAAACUCCUCCUUUCAGAGAGCACACUCUGCUUCGAUUGGUCAGACGUCCGAGUCCGUCGUGAUCGGUCUACCGCUAUCGGCGAGCAGCCGAUGAAAUCCAGAGUCGGGGGUUUUUUGUUAUAAACCUACGUAGGUUAGUACAGGAAGUGAAGUCUGGAAUCACUAACGACUCGAUUCAGCUGUUCAGAAUCGAUUCCUUGUUUUAGGAGUCGAUAACCCCGUCCGUCCUGCGCUUUGAUUUUUGUAACUCUGCAGACUUUUUACAUUCACAAACAGCUACGUAUAGAACACUUACGCUACGUGUGGGGGGGUGAGGCUGGCGAGGAAACAGCUGUUUUAUUUAUAGGUGCUUUGGUGUAAGAUAACUCAUUUCACAAACAUUCCACAGUCAAAUGCAGCUUUAAACAGAUUUUUUAUUUAUUUAUUUAUUUAAAUAAAUAGUCGUUCGUGUGGACGCAUGGGGGUUUGGGAUGUUUAUACAGAAAGCAAAUGAUUUGUUGGUUUUGCAGCUUUCUGUAACGUGUGUAAACGCUGCCCUGGCUGUAACAUCUGGAUAAACAGAUAUCCAGACGUUUGGCGUGGAAGCGCCGUGCAAAACAGUGGAGGACCUGACGAGUGGCGUGGUCAUGGCUCAAGUCCUGCAGAAAAUAGACGUGGUGCACUUCAGCGACAGCUGGAUCAGCCGUAUCAAGUCUGAAGUGGGUGAUAAUUGGAGGUUAAAGAUCAGUAAUCUAAAGAAAAUAUUAAAAGGCAUUUUGGAUUACAACCACGAGGUCCUGGGACAGCAGAUUAAUGACUUCACUCUGCCUGAUGUCAAUCUGAUCGGGGAGCACUCAGACGCAGCCGAGCUCGGCCGAAUGCUGCAGCUCAUACUCGGCUGCGCUGUCAACUGUGAACAGAAACAAGAGUACAUCCAGACCAUCAUGAUGAUGGAGGAGUCCGUGCAGCAUGUCGUCAUGACGGCCAUUCAGGAGCUUAUGAGCAAAGAGACGCCAGUUUCGUCAGGAAACGACUCCUACGCUGACCUGGACAGACAGCUGAAGAAGACGGUGGAGGAGCUGAACGAUGCUCUGGCUUCUAAAGAGGAGAUCGCUCAGCGCUGCCACGAGCUGGACAUGCAGGUGGCGGCUCUACAGGAGGAGAAGAGCAGCCUACUUGCCGAGAAUCAGGUCCUGAUGGAGCGUCUCAACCAGUCUGACUCCAUCGAGGACGUGAACAGCCCGGCCGGGAGGCGGCACCUCCAGCUACAGACACAGCUGGAGCAGCUGCAGGAGGAGACGUUUAGGCUCGAGGCGGCUAAAGACGACUACCGUAUCCGCUGUGAGGAGCUGGAGAAGGAGCUCCUGGAGGUCAAAGUUCAGAACGAGGAGCUGACAUCUCUGGCUGACGAAGCUCAGUCACUCAAAGACGAAAUGGACGUCCUGAGACACUCGUCUGAUAAGGUGGCGAAGUUGGAGGCGCAGGUGGAGUCGUAUAAGAAGAAGCUGGAGGAUCUGGGGGAUCUGCGCAGGCAGGUGAAGCUGCUGGAGGAGAAGAACACCAGCUAUAUGCAGAACACCGUGACCCUGGAGGAGGAGCUACGCAAAGCUAACACGGCCCGCGCCCAGCUGGAGACCUACAAGAGACAGGUGGUCGAGCUCCAGAACCGGCUGUCCGAGGAAUCCAAGAAGGCCGACAAGAUGGAGUUUGAGAGCAAGCGACUGAAGGAGAAGGUGGAUUCGCUUCAGAAGGAGAAAGAUCGGAUGAGGACGGAGCGUGACUCUCUGAAGGAGACGAUCGAGGAGCUGCGGUGUGUUCAGGCCCAGGAGGGUCAGCUCACCUCAGUAGGUCUGGUUCCACUGGGCAGCAGCGAGGCCUCGGAUUCUCUAGCGGCGGAAAUCGUGACCCCAGAGAUCCGGGAGCGAUUGAUCCGUCUGCAGCAUGAGAACAAGAUGCUGAAGCUGAAUCAGGAGGGAUCAGACAAUGAGCAGAUCGCGCUCCUCAAGAGUCUGCUGGAGGACGCAAACGCCAGGAAGAACGAGCUGGAGACGGAGAACAGGUUGGUGAAUCAGAGGCUCUUGGCAGGUCAGAGUCAGGUGGAGGAGCUGCAGAAGAGUUUACAGGAGCAGGGUUCGAAAGCAGACGACUCGGUUCUGCUGAAGCGGAAGUGCGAGGAACAUUUAGACAAAUUGAGGGACGCAUCCACCGAGCUGCAGAAGAAGAGCGCCAUCAUCGAAGACCUGGAGCCCAAAUAUAACGCGAGUGCUCAGAGGAUCGAGGAACUGGAGGAGGCUCUGAAGAAGAAAGACGACGAGAUGAAGCAGAUGGAAGAGAGAUAUAAGAAAUAUCUGGAGAAAGCAAAGAGUGUCAUUCGGACUUUGGACCCCAAACAGAACCAGGGUUCGGCUCCUGAGGUUCAGGCGCUGAAGAACCAGCUACAAGAGAAGGAGAGGAUGCUGCACUCACUGGAGAAAGAGUACGACAAGGCGAAGUCUCAGCGAGACCACGAGGAGAAACUGAUCGUGUCUGCCUGGUACAACAUGGGCAUGGCUCUCCAGAAGAAAGCAGCGGAGGACCGUUUAGCCAGCACGGGAUCGGGUCAGUCGUUCCUGGCGCGUCAGAGGCAGGCCACCAGCACGCGGCGCUCGUAUCCAGGCCACGUGCAGCCCGCCACAGCCAGUGAUGUAAAGGCAUGAGCGGGCAGUCGAGGCGGCGCGGCUGCAUGAUGGCGCUGCUUGCAUGACCGAUUUUGCUCUUGAAUAACACCAACACACACUAACACCUCCGGCUCGGGGUCCGCGGUCCGCUUUCUUUCGCCUCCAGGCCGGUUUCAUCAGCAUGCUCCUGUUGCGUUUGCAACAGUCACAGGCUGUCUGUGGGCGGGGCCUGAAGGUCACCGCAGAGCGACGAUGUAUGAAUACGACGCAGGCGGGAAAACUGUCUCUGGGUCCAAAAACUUUUUAUUAAGUCCUUUUUUUGUUUUGUUUUGUUUUGUUUUGUUUUUGGUUUUUUUUUUUGCAUAUUUAUUACAGUUUGUUUUUCUUUCUUUUUCUUUUUUUUUUUUUAUGUUUGAUCCUUCUUAAUUCUGAACAAAGUGUUAUUUUUUUAAUAAUAUGACCCACAAAUUGUGAGCCUCUGCGCGGCGUCGGCGUUCGUAGCACUGGAGUUUGAAGUCGUAUCAUAACGCACGGCGUCACGGCUUUGCGGAAACGUCCUACAAGUUACACUACGUUUCUCUUCUGCCUGAUGGGAGACAGUAUUAGGAGGUCAAAGGUCAAAAGAAAGUCAUUUAAGGAGUUUCCAAGUGAAACAAAGCGUAUAGCUGAUCGAUGUGCAUAUUAGAGACCUAGCACCAGGAAGUGCAGUACUGAAACCACAGGAGACGAGUAUUUAUUCACAAAGGUCAUUUCAAGGUCUUUUUCCUUAACAUACGUGACUCUAGAAUAUCAGUCCCCCCCCCCCCCCCCCCCCCCCCCCCCAAAUCAGACCUGCUUAAGAAUUCUUUGUUAAAUAAAUAAGUCGAAUAGAUCAAGCAUCAAGCUUAGGCUCAAGAGAAAUGACUACAAGGUGUGUGGAAUACAUGGGGGGGGAGUACAGUUACAGCCUAUGCUAUUUAUUUAUUUAUUUAUUUAUUUAUUUAUUUAAUCAUCUCCUGACCAAUCAGAUUCCAAGUUAUGUGGCCAAGCAAUAAUAAUAAUAAUUUUUUUUUUUUUUUUAAAAACAAGAACAACAACAUGGAGGACAAAGUGUGUGUCGCCAAAUAAAUGACCACUAUUAGUGAGAGAAUAUAUGGAGAUUUAAUUAAUAAAUAAAUAAAUAAAUAAAUAAAAGCAUUUCCAACGUUGCAGUUUAACACAGAAUAUCAACUCGUGUACGUUUGGGACGUCCUACCUUUCCGCCUCUGGAACUACAACGAAGGCAAACGAAGACCUCAUCGUCUCCAGAGUUAACCCUGAAUCCAUCUUUAUUUCAUCUGUUACUGCUCAUGACGCACCUCGAGCUGGAGCGUGAACGCAGCAUGGACAAAGCUAGCAGAGAAAACCGCUUCGCUAACUUAGCUAGAUGAGGAACCGUCGAGUCUUAACUCUGUGUCGUAUCGUAAAAUCGGUUUACGUCACGUAAAGGACAAAGACGGAGGACCGUCAGUAUGACGUCACCAGCGCUCUAGGUCUCUAAUAUGUGCGUCUGUGCUACAGAAAGCUCAUUUGUGCAACCGACGGUGUUGCAGAUGAUCGAUAAGGGGCGUGUCCUGUAUUACAAAGCGUUUUUACCUCAGAUCGAACGACGACUCUGUGGACUAAUACGGUAAACGUCUUGCCGUUUAUUAGUCCUUAAACGUUCUCCGCUGCUUCUCUUUUUUUUUUUCUUUUCUUCUUCUCAGCUGUUACACGUCAUGAUGUCCAUGUUAUGCAAUACGUCACCAUUUUGUACCGUUACAUGAUUUCUUUUUGUUUUUGGCGCUUUUUAAAAAAAAUAUAUAUAUAUAAUAUCUGUAUUUAGUGUAAGAUUUGUAAGGGCGUUUGCGAGUUGAUGAAUGCACAAAGUGUGAAGUAACUAGACAACAGUGUUAGCGUAGCUUAUUUAAAAACGAAAUGGGGGGGGAAAAAAAAGAACUAUUCACAUUCACAACCGUCCAUUAGGAGAGGAUCUGCUCCUCGGUUUAACAAAGUUUUUGGUUCAAAUUUCUCGAGUAUUUUGGUUGAUGUGGAAUUUUUUUUUUUUUUUUACAUUUUUUUUUUUUUUUUUUAAUGCAUAGGAAGAUGUUACGUCUAGUCGAAGUAGCAAAUAAUCUUUCCAUUUGCCAAGUUUUAUAUCGCUUGUAUACAGUAUGUAAAUACGCUCUGUGUAAGACAGUGGAGGAAGUUCCUGCUCAUUAGUUUAUAUAUAUAUAUAUAUAUAAAUAUAUAUUUUAAAAGAAAAUUAAGGAGAGGCUUUUGAUUUUAGAUGAAUUAUACGGCGUGAUUCAGUUUGAAGUUCGAGGGGAAAAUUGUGCUUCCUACGCUGAAAAAAAAAUGUACAGUUGGUAAUCAAGUUGUAAAUAAAGCUUGUAUAAAACUC